ACCAGAUGGCUUUGGUUGUGGCAGGCGGCGCAUGCAGACUGGCUGCAGCCAGCAGCGCUCGUGCCAUUGCAGCGAGCACACCAGCGAGAAGACUGGUGUCGUUGUCAUCAUCAUCAUCAUCAUCAGUAUCAGCGACAACAGCAUCUCCCCGUUCUGUUGUUCAGCCAUGCAGAAGGCAGCUCUCGACAACGAUGCGGCGGCGGCAGCAGCAGCAGCAGCAGCAGCAACGACACAGCGCACACUUCUGCAAUCAUCGCAGGAGAUUGGCGCUGUGUGAGGUGAGGGCAGGACCAGCGUCCUUGAUCUCGCAGUCAUUGACACUGUCGCACAAGCCAACGCUUAUUGCACCGUUGGCAAGAAGAACGGUAACAACCACAACUCGUGUGCUGGAAUCAGAAUCGACCUCACCAUCAGCGACAAAACCCGAUGCCGACGCCGCAUCAGAUCUCAGCACGCACACAACAACAACAGCUGGGGAAUCAGCAGGCACGGAUGCCAAGCAACAACAAGAACAGGAACAGGAACAACAGCAGCAAGAUCAGCAGCAACAAGGCACUGACGCCAUGGCUGCGAGGACUCUCCAUGGCACAAGGUUCAAGGAAACGGUUGGCGGCGGGCAGGGAAAGAAGCGAGGGAAGCCGCGCCGCCCCAACGUGUUGAAGGACGAGCUCAAGGGCUUGUCUCCCGUGGCGGCGGUGCGCCACGUCAUCGAGGCUGCGGAGCGCGGGCGCAAGGUGCAGCGCGCACACUGGCACAUGGCCCUGGAAGCGUGCAGCCGCGUCGGGUUUUAUAAGCCGGCCGAGAGCGUGUUUGAGGCCAUGGAGCAGCACGGCGUCAAGCCCAACCCGUUCACGUAUCGCCUGCUCAUCCACGUGUACGGGGUGGCCAAGCACCUGGACAAGGUGCUGCACUUCUACAACAAGCUGCAGCAGCUGCAGCACGACUCGGACCACCCCACCUUUCGCCUGCGCAUCAAGGACUUCAACACCGUCCUGGAGGCCAUCAGCCACUGCGGCGCGCUGCGCGAGUUUGAGCACGUGUAUGCGCAGAUGCGGCAGGCUGGCGCGCAGCCGGACGACAAGACGCUCGUGGUGGCCAUGGCCUGCUACAGCAAGGCCGGCGUGCAGCGGGAGCUUGACUACGCUUUUGAGCAGUACGUGCAGCAGCAGGACGAGAAGUGCCUGCCGCUCUCGCCCUACGUCUUCAACGCGUACAUGAGCCACUACUCGCGCGCGUGCAACCCGACCAAGUGCCGCGAGGUGCUUGAUCUGUGGCGGUCGCGCGGCAGCGAGGAGAACUGGUACCUCGUCAACUCGUACAUGUCCUCAUAUGCGCUGAGCGGCGACUGCGAGGGGUGCGAGCGCGUGUUUCGACAGGAGGUGCUUGAUCGCAGCGGCGGCACCGUCACGCCCUCUGUGCUCAACACGCUCAUGAACGCGUAUGUACGCGCGGGGCGCGUGGAGGAUGCGCGCAACGUGCUUGCCUUGUUUGAGCAGCAUCGCCUCCGGCCCGAGGUCACGACGUUUAUGAUCCUGCUGCAGGCGCUUGCGCAGCAGGGCAACGUUGCCGCUGUGCGCGCGCUGAUGACGCACAUGGAGCGGCUGCGGCUCAACGCGGGGGCGCGGGCAUAUGCGAUGCUGCUGCGUGCCAUGUGCGUGCGCGGGGACCCGCCGCAGGCGCUUGAGGCGACCUUUGACAAGAUGCUGCACAGCAAGAUCAAGCCGCUCCCGCUGUCGUUUGAGUCGCUCUACCUGGCGUAUGCGAACGUUGGGGACGCGGCCGGUUGCGAGUCCACCCUUCGCCGCAUUCGCCUCCUCGGCCUUCCCCUCACAACAGCCAUCAAGCAGCACCAGGGCAUGGCCUCUUGAACACAUGUGUGUGUGUGGGGGGGGGGGUUGUGCGGAUACGUUUGCUUGCUUGUCUCUGCCUGUGUUGCUUCGGUGCAUCGAACCAAAGCCUUGCGAAAAAAAAAAAGAAACCACAC